CCCUUUUUCCCCAAUCACCCCCGCCACUCCCACACCCUCCCUCUCGCUUCUGCACCGUAUCUACGACCCACUCUCGCCGACCUACGCGCCUCCUAGGGUUUUCAGCAAUGACGGUGGAACUGACGCCGAACGCGGUGGUCGCCAUCAUCGGCGGCAAUGUCGACUUGAAGCCGGUGUUGCAGGUCACCGAUAUCAAUCCCAUCAGGCCCACCGGCUUGCCAGUGUGUUACCGGUUGAUGGUUUCCGACGGCGUUUGGUCUCAUCACGCCAUGGUCGCCUUUCAGCUCAAUGACCUAUUUGGGACUGACUUUGGGACUGACCAGGUCAGGAAAGGCUCCGUCGUCCGGUUCACCGACUACAUUUGCACCAAUGUCCAGGACCGCAAGCUUAUUGUUGUGAUGAAUAUGGAAACUAUUGUACUGGACUGGGAGCUUAUUGGGAAUCCAAAACAAUAUGUAAAGUCUGGUACAACUGCUCAAACUGCAUUGCCUAAGAACAAUUUCCAGCAGUCUGCCUAUGGCAACAUUCAUAUGAUUGGCCAAGAGCCUGUUUCCAAAUGCCAGAAUCCCAGGCCCUCUUUUCAUCCUGAAAACUCUGUUUCCAGUAUGCCAAAUGUCAGACCUACAUUUCAAUCUGAAAGCUCUUCUGACAGUGUUCCGAAUCCGAGACCUACAUUUCAUCCUGAAAGCUCAGCUCCCAGCAGGGACGGAACCAGAAAAUUAAAUUGAGGGGGCCUAAAUCUUAGGUUGCCAAAUUCUUCAAGCUUUUUUUUUUAUUUCAUGCUAAGCAGUUUUAUAUCAGAAAUAUCAAUCGACUUUGGAGGCCAAUAUUUCUCACCUCAGGAGAGCAUAAGCUCUGAAAUUUUGUGGGAUUGUAUAUCUCUAUGUCUAGUGUUUUCCUCUAAAAGGAUUUUUCAUUUGGAAUCGUAAAACUUGUGGAAUAUUGAUUGGAA